CAAAGAAAUGAAUGAAAUGUACGUUUUUACAAAAAGUUUCGAUUUAAAAUAUAUAAUUUUUGUUGCUAAGAGAUUCCGCGCGUUAAAUGGGGCAUUUUACAUUCUCAAAGAUUCAAAAUAUGUACUGUAAUAAUGACUUUUGAGAUCAAUUUCAUCGUAUGUAAUGUUGAACACAGCCUGGGAGCGGAAGACAAGACUCAAAUCACUCACGUGAAAUUGCAAUAAAAUUUAAUCAACUGCUUAAAAAGAGAAAAUUCUCAAAUGAAUGCAGAAGAGCUACAUAAGGAAGUCUUGGCUUUUGUUUUGGACAAUGUUAAAAUCAGCAAAGUCCUGGAAGAGCUUUCUCAAGAUGCUGUUCCUUCAAAUGACAUAAUUCAAAUGACUGAAGAUUCUUGCAUGCAACAUUUCCAUGCAAUUUCAAAGACUACCUGCCUCCCUGUUAGUCUGGUUGCCUCUCAAAUAUUUGCACAACAGUUGUUGGAUGUAGUCAAAGUUGAUCAACCUCACAACCAAAAUGUUGGUCAUAACUACUACCAUCUGUUAUCUUAUGAAGUAAAGACAAAAGUUGAAGUCCUGUUGGUUUUUAUGAAUAGAAUCAAAGACAAAGAAACAAAUUGUUUUGACAAAUUGAACUUCAUCAAAAGUCUUCCAGCCAUGGCAAUUCCCAUGGAACUGAUUUGGCUGUUAAAUGAAAAUUUUGUUGUGUCUUUCCAAACUUGUUUUUUAAGUUGGUAUUCUAAUGAGGAAUGGUUGGAAAGGUUUUGUAAAGGUAUUGCAAGUCUUUUUUGUGAUGGUGACCAAGAUAGCAUUGUUCUUCGAAAGAAAAUCCUUCAAGUUUUCAUUGGAGAUUUAUUGCUAAUGGGCUAUGGAAACUUACAGGAAAACAAAGAGGUUAUUAAGAAAACUCAGGAAAGUCUUUUUAAACUCAUGAAAUAUACAGAGUCUGCAAAGCAAGAUGAGGCAGAAGAAGUGGUGAAUAAUUGGUUAUCUGUGUGUAAAGUUAUCCGUGAGUUGGAAGAGGUUCCUGUAGAAAUAAUUCAAAGGUUUCUCCGAGAAUUGUUAUCAGAUCUUUUAUCAACACCUUGCAGUUUGUCAGUCAAGGAUGCCAUUUCACAUCAAGAUAAAUGGACAUUUGAAUUCCUCUCUGGAGCAACAAGAAUCAAAUAUUUACAGUUUGUUUCAGUGUUUAGCAGUGAGGAUAUCAUUCAAAUCAUUCAACAUGCUGUUGAGUCAAUCAAGUCUGAAACUGUGAAUAUUAAAGAACUCUGCCAUCUUUUCACUGUUUCCCUUGUUCAAAAUGAAGAAUCUCGUAAAUCAUUUGAUGAUUUCCUUGGACAAUGCCUUUUGGAUUCGCUAGAUAAUUGUGAUGAGUUACAGUUUGAUCUAGUUUUGCUUCUACGUAGACAAGCUGUCUUUGAAGGAAAUCACAUUUCACCUUCGUACGCAACUUGGUUUGAGCAAACGUUUCUUACAAGAGGAUCGUCGUUUGGUCUCAACGUGAAGAAAACCAUUCACUUCUUCUUUAAAAGUCUCACAGAACUAGUUCCGUACGAUAAACCUGAAUUUUUGAAGGUGCAUAUCUUCAAGUGUCCUCAGGUGCCGUCGAAAUAUAAAUAUUAUGCUGAUGAUUACAUUUCAUUAGCAAAGACGCGACUGGCUGACCUAAAUAUACCUUUGGAAGAAAACACUGGACUUUUUACUCAAAAUUCAAGCCAGGAUGAGCAAGUUAAGGUGAUGGAACAGGCGAGACUUGAUGUUAAGAAAUGUCUUUUAUUAUAUGACGAAUCUGGGAAAAUACCAAUCUCAAUCAUGGAGGCCAGCAUUUUCAGGAAGCCAUAUUUCAUUGGCCGAUUUCUUCCAGCCUUGUUUCAACCAAGACAUUUACCAGAAGAAGGCGACAUCAAAACUCGUUUAAUUGAUGAGCUGAACAGGGCGGGAAAAAUUCCUCAAGCCAUGUUCAAAUCAUAUCAACGACGAUGCGAACGGCUCGAAGGCUUCCCCGACGACGAUAAACCUCGUGACAAUGUUAAAGAACUCACCGACUGUCUGGAAAAACUUCCUAAUAUUCUGGUUUGCAUGGCAGCAAGCGAUGACGCCACUCAAGAUUUACAAUCCUGGUUUUCUUCCUUCUCUCGGAAAGUAAAAUUGAUAUUCUCCACGGACCCUCGUGAAUGCUCAACGAAAUUAAUUGACGUUGACUUGGCUGCUGUUGAAAUGGACCAAGAUUGCCUUCAGGCAUCUUACGUCGUAAUAAACAUCUUUUGUAAAGCAUGUGUUGCUGUGCAAAAUAUCACAACUUCUAACGACCUUCCACCAAGGAGAGCGCUCUUCAAAUUUCAUUGGGCAUCGAAGUUUGUCUCAAUUUUGGUCUCAUUUCCUCGUCUGCUUCAAUGUGUGUUCGUUCAUCUUUGGAGUACGAUAUGUCAUGAGUCUCACGUACUUGCUGAUGAACACAUCCAUGGUCUGGCAAUCUUAACCUGUCACCUUUCAUGUUUCAAGACUUGGAGCAUUCGCGCUCAGACAACCAACCCUGAGAUUUCGUUAUCAUCAAAGACAUCCUCCAAGUUUUUUCUAAGAUGGUGUUCUCAUUAUCUUCACUACGCUAUGGUUGUGUUUGAAUCUCUCACUACAGACCUAAACCAGCUUACAUGUGAUGGUCCACUAGGUCAGGCUUAUGUUCCAAAAACGAUGCUCACUAAAGUGCAAUAUCUGUGCAAUAAGUUGAAGUUUCAAGCACCAAGAAAGGAUUUCUUAGAAAGCAAAGAAAUGAAAGUCUUGGACAGUCUGAUAAGAUCUUUAAAAGAAAUCAGGCUUCUUGAAGACCGAGGAUGUGAAUCACCGUGUUUGAGUUUCAAACAAUGGUUGCUUUGGGAGCUUGAUACCCGCGAAGACUUUUUAGUAGAAAACGAGAGACUGCAGUAUUACAACUGGAUCGUUUAUGAAAAAUUUCUACCACAACUGGAAGAUGUUGAAAGCGGAGAAUUGGCUGCAAUUCAAGAAAUAGCCAAAGACAUUGUGUCUGCUAUCAUGGAUCAUUGGACGAGAUCACCGAUGAAGGAUGUUUCUUCUGCGGGAAAAAAUUUGAUAAUAAUUUUACAAGAUCUCGUGAAUUUGUCAAACGUGUCUUCAGAAGAGAGAACUGACGUUUGGUUCUUAGAUUUCUUUGAGUCAAGAUUCAAUGAGAUAAAGAAAGGCGAAGAUCCCUCCGCUGAAAUUCAGUUUCAAACUGAAACGAUUGCUUUCAUCAGAUUGGCGACACAAUUACCAUCCUGGUUGUUAGUAGCAAACACUGAGAUGGAAUGGAAAUUGUUGAAAGACGAAAAUACGAAGAAAUUCUCCCAGUUUCUUAAUGAUAAUUUGAAACCAGAGUUGUUUCCAGAUUCUAUGGUUUUUCCGUUCAAUUUGACGGCGCAUAUUUUAAAAAUUUUCUUGAAACGAUUUAACUUGGAAAGAGAGGAGCCGAGGAAAGCUGAAUCGAUACUGCGAUGUUUUCUGACAGAUUGUCAUUUUAUCUUUGCCUCCCUUAUGUACUACUGGGUCCAACUCAAGCCACUCUAUCAUCCCUACGUCACCGCCAGUGAAACGCUUCAACAAUUGCAAUCUUACCAUGGUUGGUUGACUGAUAUUUUGACCGGCAAGGACCAACCAGUGGCACAAAAUACUCUUCCAGUUCUUGCUGGUUACGAAGUUGGACAAAGUUAUGUCAUAUUUCUGCAUAUUUUAAAAAGAUCACAAGCUUCUACCUUGGACGAAAAUUUUGUGCAUAGGAUGACUGUCUUGUUGAAAGGACUGUCGUCUUCGCAGCCAGGAAAAAGAAUUCUUGUGUUUCUCUACGAUAUCAUCUUCUGUUAUCUGGCUAUGAACAUUGUACAAGAUGAUGAGACGAAGGAAUCUGAAGAGGCCUGGUAUGAAAUAACAAUGACUAUUCUGUUUUUGUAUCCGGAGGUUCUGUGCGUUUUUAAUCAAGAAUUGAAUCAGGGCGCUGAAUUAUUGUCAGCAAGAUAUGUUUUGUUUGAAAAGAAAACUCGUCGCUUUCUGUCCAUCUUGUUCUUCAGGUUAGGAGAAAGAUGUGCUGGUUUUUUCUUAGGAGAUGACGCUAGGUUUUAA